AUGCUCGCGUCGUCGUCGUCGUCGCGUGUGUCGGCACUCCGUUAUACUAGCCGACUGCGCGGUCUGGCAACUAUAGCGGAAGCUCCUGUGCGGCGCUAUGGGGGACUCAAAGACCAAGACCGCAUCUUCACCAACGCGUAUUGUCGACAUGACCAUGGAAUCAAGGGGGCCAAAUCCCGCGGCGACUGGCAUCGAACGAAAGAUAUAUUGCUCAAGGGCGACUCUUGGAUUAUCCAGACCAUCAAGGAUUCGGGUUUGCGAGGUCGCGGUGGAGCUGGAUUCCCAAGUGGACUGAAGUGGAGUUUUAUGAAUAAGCCCAAUUGGCAGGCAGAUAAGAGACCGAGAUAUCUGGUCGUCAACGCUGACGAAGGCGAACCGGGAACUUGCAAGGACAGAGAAAUUCUACGUGGCGACCCGCACAAACUUGUUGAGGGCUGUCUUGUAGCUGGCAGAGGGAUGAACGCCAGCGCCGCGUAUAUCUAUAUCCGUGGAGAGUUUGUGCAAGAGGCCGCUCAUCUUAACCAGGCCAUAGCAGAAGCCUACAAAGACGGUCUCCUUGGACCAAAUGCAUGCGGUAGUGGCUACUCCUUCGAUGUUUACGUUCACCGUGGCGCCGGAGCGUAUAUCUGCGGCGAGGAGACUGCACUCAUAGAGAGUAUCGAGGGCAAGCAGGGCAAGCCUCGUCUCAAGCCUCCCUUUCCCGCUGACGUUGGUCUUUUCGGCUGUCCGACCACGGUGGCCAACGUUGAGACGGUAGCAGUUGCGCCUACGAUCUGUAGACGUGGUGCUUCUUGGUUUGCAGGAUUUGGGCGAGAGCGCAACCAAGGCACCAAGUUAUUCUGCAUCAGUGGCCACGUUAACAACCCCUGCGUUGUCGAAGAGGAAAUGAGUAUUCCACUUCGAGAGCUCAUUGAAAAGCACUGUGGGGGUAUCCGUGGGGGAUGGGACAAUUUACUCGGCAUCAUUCCUGGCGGCUGCUCAGUUCCCGUACUUCCAAUCCAAAAAUGCAACGAGGUUCUUAUGGACUACGAUUCACUCAAGGAUGCCCAAUCUGGUCUAGGAACCGGGGCAGUUAUCGUCAUGGACAAGUCGACUGAUAUCGUUGCUGCCAUUGCACGGUUCUCUUCAUUCUACAAGCACGAAUCCUGCGGUCAAUGUACACCUUGCCGUGAAGGGACAACUUGGAUGAUGAAUAUGAUGAAUCGGAUGGUGGAGGGACGCGGUCACAAACGGGAAAUUGAUAUGCUUUUAGAACUGACCAAACAAGUCGAAGGGCGGACUAUCUGUGCAUUGGGCGAUGCAGCAGCUUGGCCGAUCCAGGGUUUGAUGCGUCACUUUAGACCACAGGUCGAAGCUCGCAUUGAUGCUUUCCGCACUCAACACGGUUCUGUGGGUUUUGGUGGUCACCUUGCGAGUGAAGUUGAUGAUACUCUCGCACUUCCGGAUAAUCUUGGUGUUAGACUUCCCGUGGAUGCGCCAGCCAUUGUGUAG